AUGAAAGUUACGCUGAACAGAGUUUCUGUGUUUGCAGUCUUGACGGCGGUUUUAAGUUUCACCUUCCUGGUGGCUGCCCUGGCCACAGACUUUUGGUACCAAAUUGAUGCUUCAGGGUUGGAGGAGUUGACCAACUAUACAGGUAGCCUGAAGUCCCAUAGAGGACUCUGGAGGACUUGCCAAUUUAAUAGAACAUGCCUCCCUAUGGUAAACCCGUUCAAAUCUAAAACCGCAAACAUGACAACUUCACGUAAGAAUGUUCUGUACCUUCACGGGGCAUUUGUGGUCCUGUUGCCUCUAAGUCUCAUCAUCAUAGUCUUUGGAGGAAUGGCAGGUGUCCUUAGCAUCUUCACCCAAGCCUUCUGCCUUCUGCUGUGCACCGGGGUGCUCUAUCUUCUAGGAGCUCUUGCUACCCUCCUUGGGGUCAGCAUCUACAUCGCUUAUUCUGCUGCCCUCUUCAAGCACGUUGCGUCUUUCCAGGGGAGGAGGAAGCUCAUGGAGAACCUCAACAUCCAGUUUGGCUGGUCUUUGGUCUUUGCCUGGGUCUCCAUCGGCGCUGAGCUUCUCACCGGGUUGGCCUUCAUUCUCAUGGCCAAGAUGGUGGGCCAGAAACGACGGUGGGACAAUUUCAUUUGA